AUGCUCCCAGUACCAUCAUCAUCAGAAAAUCACAAUAAGAAUAACAGCAAGAUACUCAACAAAACGUUGGCAAGAUAUGUGUCGACAAAUCCAGGCAUCAACGUGUCCAGUUCUUCUUCCUCAUCUGUGCCGGAUGAGAGCUUUUUCACCCCUAAACCAUCACCAGCACCUACGCCAUCUGUGAGCAGAAAUUCACUUAGGAACAAUAUUCGUCCUGUGCCAUCUACAUCUUGUAGAAGCGCCUUCUCUGUGCAGACAUUUCAUACAGCUAUUGGUGCUGAUAACUCAGAUGAUGAAGAGGAAGAUAAACAGCAGAGAUUGGAAACAAUCGUAGAGAAUGAAAAGAUGUCCUCCAACAAGCCAACAGACGGUAAACCUGAUACUUCAAAAACCAAUGAAUUAGAAAGUAUCCAUCAAUACAGAGCAAUUGCACCACCUAUUACGGCAGGUAGCAGCAGUAAUCUUAUGGUUCAUCCCAUGUCGCUUGUUCACAGUACCAGUGGCAGUAUACCCAACAAUUUCUACUAUUACGGCUCAUUAGACAGUGGCAUGUUAUCAAGGUCUCCUGCAGGAUCGUAUUUUCAUGAUUAUUUCAGCGAAGAUUACGAGGUUGUAUUGGACGAUGGCACUAGACAAAAACGAUCGGUCUCACUAUCUACCCUGCCAGUGAUAACACCUCUGGAGUUUGGCAAACAAAAGUACAGAGGCAAUUAUAAUCAUUUUUACUUUGAUGGUGGAGGAGAUGAAGUUGAAACAAACGAAAACCAUCAACGGCAGGCUAGCAGGAGCCAAGCACACGAGUUUUAUCAUCAUUUGUUGGAAGAAGAAGAGAGACGAACUCUCUUGUUUCCAACUUCAUCAUCGGAUCCCAACAUGAUUAUUCAAGACCUUCAGCCAGUGGAAACCAGCGAAGAUGAAGACGAGUUCCAACAACACAGAACGCAUCGCAUAAUGAAUAAAAGGAACCAGAAGCAAAAGAAAUCGAACCAAAAUUGCUUCAUAUCGAGUCUCAAAUCCAUGUAUGAAUGGUCUGCACGUCAUAUCUUUACCUUGUCCUACAAGCAAAAGAUGGUGCUGAAAUGUAGUUUAGCUUAUUUGCUGGGAUCUCUGUUCACAUUUAUGCCUAUAUUGAAUAGCAUGCUAGGCACUGCCAAAAUCUCGAGCCAUGUUAUUGCAACAGUUACUGUCUUUUUCAAUCCCUCAAAGACAGUCGGCGGUAUGGUGGAGGCAGCAGGCUAUGGCUUGCUCUAUACAGUGUGUGCUCUUUUGCUUUCUUUAAUGAGCAUGCUCAUAGCCAUCUAUUUGAGGUCCGAGGAUUACUAUGUUACCUCCUGCUGUGUAACUCUUGGAUUUUGGCUCGCUGGUAGCACAUUUGUGCUAUCAUUCAUCAAAGCACAUUACAACAAACCAGCUAUCGGUACAGGCUGUGGAUUAGGCUUUAUGAUCAUAUUCCCCGUGCUCGUGAAAGAAGGUUCCGUGAUCCCGUCUGAUUUCGACCCCACCUACAUUGAAGAGAUGUUUGCCAUAGUGACUAUAGGUACAGCCAUAUCUGCUUUUGUUUGCUGGUUUAUAUGGCCCAUGACAGCAACCAAGAAAUUAAAAAUUGACAUCAAUGACACACUCAUGGCUAUCAAAAUCUUGCUCAAGCUAUUGACCAAGACAUUCCUUCUUGAUACAGACUUACCAGAGUUUACCGCGAACGAGAAUUUACAAACUGCAAUUAAUUCACAUCGCACAAGCUUUACAUCCCUGCAAGCAUCACUGGCCGAUGCAAAAAAGGAAUACUACAAUUUAGACAUUUGGAGACAUGCAGCGGGCUACGACACCAUUGUAUCAAGCUUGCAGAGGCUAGCUCAGCAUGUAGGUGGUUUACGUAGUAGCUGUGGCCUACAGUUUGAGGUGAUGAGAACAUCCACCAGCCAAGACAAGAAGAAGGCCCCAAAAUAUGGUGCUAUUCCCAAACACAAUGACACACUGGACUCGAACUAUGGCAAAAAGAAAAAAGUAUACCACGUCAAAGCAACAGAUCAGCGAAAAAAGAUGGAGUACGAGUUGAAGAAAGAGCAAACACUAUCCACGCAAUCCAUGCUUGAACACAGCAAUCGCAGCAGCGAGGAUAACAAUGCAGAAGACGAUCCAUAUGGUAGAUCGCUCAAAAAACAAACAGAAAGACAGCCUUUAAACGGUUACUAUCAUAUCGAACAGGAAGAGGACGACAACCAUUCAGCCAGGAAGCAAGAGCAAGACGAAGAUGGCGCCUUGGUGCAGUUUAUCAAGACAGUGCGGCCUCCCAUGAAAUCAUUAGCAUACACCUGCAAACAGACCAUUGUACAUUUGCAGAGCCGAUUCACAAACCAGACAACGGACAGCACGCCAUCGUUUGGUAUGAUGAGGCAGAAUUUGGCCAUGGCCAUGUCACUUUUUGAGGAAUCUCAACAGCUUGCCUUAACCCGCAUGUACCGUCGAAAGAUGAAGCGUAUGAAGUUAAAGAAUGCAACCAUUAACCCUGAAGAAUUGCAGUCGCAUUUGAUGAACCAGUUUCCCGCAGAGGAUGUAUUUUUGGUGUAUUUCUUUGUGUUUUGUUUGUUGGAGUUCGCCAAGGAGUUGAUGGUGUUAGUGGAGUGCGUACAGUCCGUGUUUGAAUACGAUGAGGAACAAAACAAGAAGGGUGGAUUCUGGCAGACGAUGAAACGUUAUUUGAUCAGUCCAUUUUGGUUCUUAUGCUGCUGCUUCUAUUCAAGACAACGACACGCAGACUGCCAUGAACAACAAACACAGACACAAGACUCAGCAAGUGACAAAAAGAAAUACACUCCUGUCAUCACUAAAAAGAGUUCUAUUGAAUCGUUCAAGCCAAACAACAACAAUACCUUUGGCUCGCUUCACACACCCAAACCCACAUCCAAGCUUAGGCAGUUCUUUUUAAACUUGUGGGCCUUUUUUUCCUGGUUUAGGCAGCAUACUGUGCGUUACGCAUCUAAAUCAACACUGAUCGCACUCGCAAUUGCUUCCAUGGCAUUCAUUCCGGCAACGAGAGAAUUUUUCAUCACUUGGAAGAUGGAUUGGACGCUCAUUACGGUAAUGGCUGUGAUGUCUCCCACUGUGGGAGGCACAAACCAAGUCGCUGUGUUGCGAGUACUAGCAACCAUUCUCGGUUCCGUCAUUGCAGUGUUGUUUUACUUGUUCUUGCCUCAUCAGGGUCCCAUUCUACUAUUGAUGUCAUGGGCAUUCUCUAUUCCUUGUUUCUGGAUGAUCUUGAACCACAAACAUGGGAGAUUCGGUAUGUUCUCAUUACUGUCUUACAAUUUGAUUGUACCUUUCAUAUACAAUCACAGAAACGAGGAUGAAGUCAUUGAUGUGAUUGAGUUGGCUUUCAUGCGAUGUGCAACUGUUUCUGCAGGUGUGAUUAUUGGCCUUGUGGUUACAGCGUAUAUUUGGCCAUUUGAAGCAAGAAAAGAAAUGCGAAAGGGUCUUUCUGAUCUACUGAUUCGGCUUUCAUGGUACUACAAGCAGUUGGUGUCAGAAUAUUCAGAGGACAACGCAUUAUCAAUCGCUCAAACAAAAGAUGAAGCCAGCACAAACUAUUCAUCUCUCGUCAAAAAGGCCAUUUCUGAUGGUAGGUCUUUAAGUGACAACACCAACAGCAAUAGUAGAUUGGUUACUUCUCGCGAAGAGCUUGAAGCACUAGCAAGACGCAACGAAGCUAGAUCAAUCCAGUUCCAGCAUGUGGAACUCUCACUGCAAGUAAGCCUAGUAGAACUCCAAGGACUUUUAGCUUAUGCACCCAACGAGCCGCGUCUAAAGGGCCCCUUCCCUGUCAAAACCUAUGAGGCCAUGCUCACAUCCUGCCAAAACAUUCUUGACAAGUUCCUCUCGAUACGUAUCGUCAUUCUUAAGGAUGUGUGGGCAACGCAAGUAAGACGAGACCUCAUGCUACCAGCAAGUCAAGAGCUGAUGGAAAUGGCAGGAAGCGUAUUGCUCUACUUUUACUUGCUUGCAUCUGCAUUACAGCUGAAAACACCAUUGCCUCCGUACUUACCACCAGCAGAAAAAGCAAGAGAAAUGCUCAUGCUCAAGUUACAACAAUUACCCAAAAUCACAGCAGAUUUAAAAAAGAACAACUCACCAAACAGCAACGAAUCGGUUAAAGAUGAAUGCUACAUGGUAUACUAUGCCUAUGUAAUCAUGAUGGAGAGUAUUAUUAUCGAGUUGGACAAGUUGGGUCAAAAGAUGAAGGAGUUGUUUGGCUCGUUAGUACCUGACGAUCAAUGGGCUAGAUGCUUUGGUUUGAUCGACUUGGAAGACCCACAGAAAAGAUGA